ACAUUUGUUUUUCAAGUGGCAACGUUAUACUUUUGCUGUUUUAUUUUAGGAUUUUUAGCUGACACGUUUUGACUCGUCAUUAUUCACAUAAGUUACUUUGACUCUAAAUUGUGACCCAUAAGGGAAAAAAAAUAUAUAAUCGAGUAGCGUCUUGUUUGAUUUGUUUCAACGUCUAUUUUCUAAAUAUUAAAUUUUUAUAAUUUUUGGUUGUACAAAAUUGAAGAUAUUAUUAUUAUUAAUGCAUUAGCAAACACGUCUAAAUAAAAUGUAUCAACAAAGGAAAUACUCCAUAAUACUUUUGGGUAAAUUUAGAUAAAGCUGCUAACACCAUAAAUAGCCAUGAAUAGGGUAAAAUUACGCAAUUUUAUUACAUUACGAAUUUGCCACUUAUAAACAAACAAUGUGGUAAACUUGUAUUUUCUCCGCCAAUUUCACUAAGGGGUCGUUUGGUUCGCAAGGGGUAAUCGAAAUGGAUUGAACAAAGGGAAAAGAAAAGAAUGGAAUGAAAAUACCAUAUAUUUGCUAUGUUGUUUGUUUUAAAAACAAAGGGAAACAAAUCCCACUAGUCCCACCACCACCACACAUCCACCUAAUUCAUUAACUUUCCACCUUUUCCAGCCACCAUCUAUCCACCAAACCACUCACCGCACCUCCCCCACCAUUCGCCGCCCUACGCCAACCCUCCCCCACCCCUGCCGACCCAGCGCAGCUGAUCCCUCCCCCGAGAAACCUCCCUUAGCCCAGAAAACCCUAGAAUCUAGUCUCACUCCCCGUAAAACCCAUCGGUCAGCCCUCCCCCACCCAUCGAAACCCUACCGCCUAGGGUUUCGAUGGUGGGGGAGGGUCGGUCGUCCGUUUUACAGUGAGGGAGAUGGGUUUUUUUUAGGUUUUUUAGGUUUUUCGAUGGUGGGUUUUUGAGAGUGAGGAUGGUCGACGAAGGGAGGGGAGGUGCGACGAGGGGUGGGAGAGAGGCGGCGAGUGGUGAUGUGGCUGGCCGUGGUGUGGUGGUGCGACUUUUCGGUGAUUUGGGUAGGUAAGAGGGUGGUGGUAUGGUGGUCUAGUAGUGGCUAAGGAAUGAGAAUGGAAAUACCUAUUGGGGUGGGGAAUCAACUUAGAAGAAUUUAGGGGAAUGAAAAGGUAAAAUGGAAUGGGGAAAAAGGCGUAACAAAUAACAACAAAGAGAAUCAAGACAAUUGAUUCCCAUUUACUUUAAUGAACACCGCCAACCAAACGGCCCUAAUUAUUAUACCAGUUUAAUAACCAUGUUAUCACAUUCACUCCUAACGAAAAGGCGGGACAAGAGUCACAAACUCCCAGUACAGAGCCAACAGAGGCACACAACAAUUCAUCUUCUUCACGGAUUUCAACAGUAGCAGAGGAGAGAGAAUUUCACAGCCAAACAAGCUCAGAAGUUCAGCAAUGGCGGUUUCUUCAUCAUCCUUUAACACCGCCUUUGCUCAACCCAAAUUCAUGUCUCUACUCUCACAGCGCUUCCGUUCAUUCCAUCCAUGGCGUCCUCACCUCGCAGCUAACCCCAAACUUCCCGCCAUUUUUACGCCUAAAUCAAGAAGUAUGACGGUUAGGGUUAAUGCUUGUUACAAGAAGAGGCCGAUGGAUACACCGGGGGCGUACGAGUUGAUUGAUGAGGAGAGUGGUGAGAAAGUGAUUCUUUGGGGUGGAGUUGAUGAUGUUGAACCUUCAAUUCCUAGUAAGAAAGUACUUUCCUGGACUCCAAGUAAGGAUCAGAAGAAAUCUUCGAAUGCUCGGGAAAAUAUUGAAGGCAGUGAACCUUCGUCCGCUCACAAAAAUGUUCGUUCGUCUCCAACUACUCUAAGAUUGUCCAAGGGUGUUGGAAGGUUGAAAGCUGUCAAAAUCAAAAGCAUUGUAAGAAAGACUUCAAGGGAAAAGGAGAAAAUUAACGAGCAUAGAUAUGAAGAACCAGAUAUGGAUGAACUAGAUGAUGAUGACGAUGAUGAUCCAAUUGUAUCGUCGGAUCCUCAAGGUGUCUGGAUCAGAAAGAAAAAUAUUUCUGCUAAGAGUGGCAUUGAGCAGCUCAUGGAAAAUAAAUUGUCAAGGAAACCUUUUGAGCCAAAGGAUAACUUGACUGAUGCUGGCUCAUAUGUUUCUGCUACUCAUUCAAGAGGAUGGAAUGAUAGAGAACCAAGACGUGGUUAUAGGGGUGAAUCAAGAGACUUGAAACCUACACGUAAAUAUAAUGCUGGGAGUGACUUUUUCAGUCGAAAAUCAUUUAGAGAAUCGGGUUGUGGUGAUGAAAUGAUUGAGGCUCUGAGGGUACAGGAUUUUGUUCGCCCUUCAAACAUUCAGGCAAUGGCAUAUUCUCCUGUUGUAGAAGGGAAGAGCUGCAUUAUAGCUGAUCAAAGUGGAUCAGGGAAAACGUUGGCAUACCUGGCUCCAGUUAUUCAGCGUCUUAGACAAGAAGAGAUUGAAGGAAUUAGUAAAUCGGCAUCAAAAAGUCCUCGAGCUGUAAUAUUAGUCCCAACUGCCGAGCUAGCUUCCCAGGUUCUGCUGAAUUGUCGAUCCAUCUCAAAACAUGGUGUUCCUUUCCGCUCUAUGGUUGCAACAGGAGGCUUUCGACAGCGAACUCAGUUGCAGACUCUUGAACAGGAUUUGGACGUGCUUAUUGCCACACCGGGACGUUUCAUGUACUUAAUCAAAGAAGGGUUUUUACAUUUAACAAACCUUAGAUGUGCUGUGUUGGAUGAAGUGGAUAUACUCUAUAGUGAUGAAGAUUUUGAACAAGCUUUGCAUAGUCUAAUUAACACGGCACCGGUUACUACGCAGUACCUCUUCGUGACCGCCACAUUACCUGUGGAAAUUUACAACAAACUAGUUGAGACCUUCCCAGAUAGUGAGGUGAUCAUGGGUCCUGGAAUGCACCGGACGAGCUCCGGUCUUGAAGAGGUUCUUGUAGAUUGUAGUGGGAAUGAAGGGUCAGAAAAGACCCCAGAAACAGCAUUUUCCAAUAAGAAGUCUGCCCUUUUGAGGCUUGCAGAGGAGAUUCGAGUUUCUAGGACUAUUAUAUUCUGUAAUAAGAUUGAGACAUGUCGAAAGGUUGAGAAUGCCCUGAGACGUCUUGAUAGAAAGGAAAAUCAGAUACGAGUUUUACCAUUUCAUGCUGCUUUGGAACAAGAAACAAGGAUCACAAAUAUGAAGGAGUUCCUUAAUUCAAAAACAGAAAAUCGUUCUCUGUUUCUAAUUUGCACCGACAGGGCUUCACGGGGAAUUGACUUUCCCAGCGUGGAUCACGUUGUACUGUUUGAUUUCCCUCGCGAUCCCAGUGAAUAUGUACGUCGUGUUGGCAGAACAGCAAGAGGUGCAGGAGGUAUAGGCAAGGCUUUUGUGUUUGUCGUUGGUAAGCAAGUUUCUCUGGCAAGGAGGAUCAUUGAAAGAAAUGAAAAGGGUCAUCCUUUACAUGAAGUGCCUUCUGCUUAUGAAUUAGUACGGUGAUAAGUCUCAGACAGACCUGCACUUGUGAAUGUUGAAAUUAGUAAUGCAAGGGGUCAGGUUACUUGUGUAAUUUUUAACCUUUGACUCCUACAUUUUUGAGUUGUAAAAUAAAUCAUAGCUAAUCAUUUUAACAAGUUAUAGUUGCGAGAAGUAGGAGUCAUUAUAGUAUGAUCUGGUAAAAUGUAUGAAUUUUUUUGAUUCGUGCAUGUUGAUAAAAGUAAGAUAUGCUAAAAUAUACAGUAUGUCAGUAUGAUGUUUUAUUGAUCCA